AUGGCAUCAAAGGGAGCAUCUAUUUCCUUUCACUAUCCACAACUUACCAAGUUUAAUUAUGAGAAUUGGGCAAUUAGGAUGAAGGCUAUUCUUGGCUCACAAGGAGUGUGGGAUGUUGUUGACAAAGGCUUUGAAGAAUCUCAAAAAGAGACAAAUUUGACUCAAGCCCAAAAGGAAGGCUUGGAGAAGGAGAGGAAGAAAGAUCAGAGUGCACUCACCAUCAUUCAUCAGGGUUUGGAUGAAGAAAUGUUCGAAAAAGUUGCCAAUGCGAACAUAUCCAAGCAAGCUUGGGAAACACUCCAAAAUUCAGUUAUAGGAGUGGACAAAGUAAAGAAAGUGAAUCUUCAAACUCUAAGGGCUGAGUUUGAGACACUCUUGAUAAACGAUGGUGAAUCAAUUUCAGAUUACUUCACAAGAGUUCAAAAAGUAGUGAAUCAAAUGAAGAGGUUAGGUGAAACCAUUGAGGAUGUUCGAGUGGUUGAAAAGAUUUUGAGGUCUAUAAACUCAAAAUUUAAUCAUGUACCGGUGGCCAUUGAAGAAUCCAAGGAUUUGGACACCAUCACUAUUGAUCAAUUGAGUGGUUCACUACGAGCUUAUGAGGAAAGAAUGAAUCGUGGCAAGCAAGAGCAUAUAGAGCAAGCCUUGCAAGCAAAGCUGACUUUGAAAUCCAAAGAAGAUUAUUUAAAUAGGUUUGGAAAAGGUCAAGUUCGUGGAAGAGGAGGAGGACGUAGCCGUGGCCGUGGCCGUGGACGUGGUCAGAGUCAAGGGAGAGGUAGAGAUGAACAAAAUCCACCCAAUGAAACCAGAUUUCAAAGAGGCCGAGGAUGA